CAAGGCUCUCACAUCAGGCGGCCUCUCCUCUCUGCUCCCUCGCCCAGGGGCAGCGGCGGUGCCUGGCUGGGGACGGAGCAGGGAGGCUGGGCCCGGUGCUGCCCAGACUUUGGUGAAGAAAGGGGGAAUAAAAAAGCAAAAUGAAGAGAAAGCAGAAAAAGUUGGAGCCCUCAAGGGAUACGGCCCCAGCCUGGUGUCUCAAAGAGCCUCUCCUCUGCUGCUCAGCCUUGAUUUUUCUACCUGUGCCUCCAUCCCUGCUCGCAGCACAGCUUUGGUUAAGGUGUCCUGGGAAGCAAUGGCCACAGCAGCUCUUCUGAACUCAGCACCAGCUCACUGCUACGUCCCUCCGAGCACCGCAGCCCCUUUCUUUCAGCCAGCCGCCGCCGCCAUGCACGUCACCCGGCCAAAAUCUGCCAAGGGACGCACGAGGUCGGCCUUCAGUUACUCCGGAGCCUUCCCCUGCAGAGUGCCACCGUCACCAGCAGCUCCCCACGAGUUCGGGAGCAGCCCCAGAGCCUCGUCCACGCACCCGCCGUUCCCACCCAGCCACGUGUCACCGGAGGAGAUCCCCAAGCUCCUGCAGCAAGUGCCUCUGAGGAGCUCCUCCUCGCUCAACAAGUACCGGGUGCUCCCCUCCAUCGGCAGAAAGGACACGGUGGCAGAGCCGAGCGGCCAGCAUGAGGCGAGCUGGGGGCAGGAGGGUGCUCAGCAAAGCCCAGCUCCUUCUGGGGAACAAGGAUCUGCCAGCGGGCUGGCAGAAAUUCACAUCCCUGGUGAAGGCAGCUCGUGUGCUCAGCGUCCCCCCGAGAAGCCGGGAGGGCAAACGAGACGGGGGAGCCCCUCGUUGUCACCCCAAAGUUUGGAAGAAGCGCUGCAAAAAGAGCCCCAGCUGCUGCUUGCCGUUCGGUCCCCCUCCGGUCAGAGAUUUGAGCACUGCUUCAAGCCCACAGACAGCCUCCAGACCGUGCUGAGCGUGGCGGAACAGAAAACGGUGGCCAAAUACGAGCGCUGCAGCAUCGAAACCAUGGAGGUGCCGCGCCGCAGCUUCCCCGACCUCAGCCGGACCCUGCAGGAGUGCGGGAUCCUCCCCAGGUCCGUGCUGUGCAUCCGCCAGGCCGAGCGGCACGAGGCAGAGCUGUAGGCACACUUCAGGGCGGGAUGCCUCGUGUCUCAGCCACCGCAGCAUCUUCUGGAGCUUGCUGAGUUCCAAAAGCUUCCCUGGGAGCUGCCUCGUGUACAUUAAAGGUUGCGUGUUGAAAUCCCACCUCGCAUGUAUGUACCCGCUGCCUAUUGACAGAUCUUUUUUUUUUCCAUAUGUGUGAUUACAAGUUCCUUCAACAGCCACCAGCCUUUGGCCUUUUUGGUUUCUGAAACUGCUGAUUUUUCGUCUCUGGAGGUUGUUCUCUUCUCGGAGCAGGAGGCCUCUUCCGUGUCCUUGUCGUUUGUUUCAGGAAGGUGCCACUUCCCAGCGGGGAUGGCGUAUCUGGGAAGACAGAACCAGAACUUGUUUGCCCUGUGGUCGUCUCCAGCAGCUUCAGCGACAGCCUCGGCAGCCUCAGCCGCCUCAAGAGAGGCUGUAGCUGAGGUCAAACCCUAAAACCACCUGAAAAUAACAGCAAGGACGCGCUGGGGCUAGCAGAUGAUUGCCAAGUAUUAAAACAUGCCUGUGAGGGCUCGGCUACUGAUGGAAAACCUCCGCGCAGCUUUUAAGUGUGGCUACAUCACCCCUUUAAGAACAAAUAGCUGCUUUUUGGUUGCGUUGCUGAGCAGCAGGGCCUCCUCCUUCGUUUUUCUUCUCUCAUUCAGCUCCUGUGACCCUGUAGCUAAGAGCAGGUGGUUGUCAGGAUGGGAUGAUGCAAAAUACUCCAUUUAUGCUGAAGCGAGGUGGUCUCCAAGUCUAGCAGGUGCUGCUCUGGGGGUGUUGGCUCGUUCAUAGUAUUAAUUGGUUUUGACCGAGGACUUGGCUCACCCAGCAGACCGUGUUGUUACCAAACCGCUGUGGCUCUUGCAGAGGGAGUUCAUUAAAGGCUGCCAGGGUAACUCGGCAGGUUUGGGGGUAAAUACAAUGCGUGUGUGCUGAAAAAAUGGGUUUCUGUUGGAAAUUCUGAUGGUUGAAGGCAAUAGUUACAAAAAGAAAUGUGCAGCUAGCCACACGGUUUGAAUAUUGUGAGGUAAAGCCACGGUUUUUUACAUCAGUGUAUGUACAUCAGUACAACCACCACUCUUGCUGUCAGGAAGAGGACUGUUUUGCAGGAAAGCUGAGCAGCCACUACGUCACCACACUUAAACCAGCCUUAAAAAUGUGGAUUUCCCGGUACCGCCAGUGAUGGUCGCAGGGAGAACAAACUAGCGUCAGCGCACAGGGACUGGCACCUGAUUUUAUGUAUGUUUAUUGUUUCUGCUUUCAGAAUAUUUUCAUAGUGUGUGAGUAAAACUAAUAAAACCUUUUUGGCUAAAAGUUGAA